GUAGCUCCCCGAAAAUUUCUCCUACUCCAACAACCUCCAAACUUGACCAAAUUCCCCGCCGGUCUUCAACCAAUUUCUUCCUUCUAAAUUAUUCAUUCAACCAUCUUUCAAUUCCCCCCACUCCAUUCCAUUGAAGACUUGCUUCUUUUUUUUAAUUCUUUUUUCUGUCCAUAGAAAACCUACGCAGAGCUUCCAUUUUCAUCCAAUCAAGGAAAAACGAUGAACGGGGGAGAAAGCAAUUCGCAGAUGAUGAAGGUCGUUAAGGGAGCGUUUGGCUACGUGCUCGAAGACGUUCCUCACCUCACCGAUUACAUCCCCGAUCUCCCUACUUAUCCAAAUCCAUUGCGGUCCAAUCCUGCAUAUUCAGUUGUAAAGCAGUACUUUGUAGACAUGGAGGAUACGGUUCCCCAAAAGGUUGUUGUACACAGUGAUAGUCCAAGAGGAGUACAUUUUAGGCGUGCUGGCCCUCGACAGAAGGUGUAUUUUAGUAGAGAUGAUGUUAAUGCCUGUAUUGUAACAUGUGGUGGUUUAUGCCCCGGGCUGAAUACUGUGAUCAGGGAAAUUGUUCACAGCCUUGAUUACAUGUAUGGUGUGCGCAAAGUUCUCGGAAUAGAUGGAGGAUAUAGGGGUUUCUAUGCAAAGAAUACCAUUAAUUUAACUCCAAAGCUUGUGAAUGACAUACAUAAACGUGGUGGUACAAUCAUUGGAACAUCUCGUGGAGGUCAUGAUACCACUAAAAUUGUUGAAAGUAUACAGGACCGUGGGAUUAAUCAGGUCUAUAUUAUUGGAGGUGAUGGAACCCAAAAAGGAGCAGCUGCUAUCUAUGAGGAAGUAAAGCGGCGUGGUCUGAAAGUUUCCGUUGCGGGGAUCCCUAAGACAAUUGAUAAUGAUAUUCCGGUUAUUGACAAGUCAUUUGGUUUCGAUACUGCUGUAGAGGAGGCUCAACGUGCCAUCAAUGCAGCUCAUGUUGAAGCUGAAAGUGCUGAGAAUGGUAUUGGUCUGGUGAAGCUAAUGGGACGCUAUAGUGGGUUCAUUGCAAUGUAUGCUACUUUGGCAAGCAGAGACGUUGAUUGCUGUUUGAUUCCAGAGUCACCCUUCUAUCUUAAGGGACAGGGCGGGCUUCUUGAGUACAUUGAGAAACGGCUCAAAGAAAAUGGGCACAUGGUAAUCGUGGUAGCUGAAGGAGCUGGACAGGAACUUCUUGCUGCUGAGACCUCAAACGCCAAGUCCGAGAAAGAUGCCUCGGGAAACACGCUUCUCCAAGACGUUGGCAUGUGGCUUUCCCAGAAAAUCAAGGAUUAUUCUAAAGAACAGAAAUUCCCAAUUACUCUUAAAUAUAUAGAUCCAACUUAUAUGAUCAGAGCCAUCCCAAGUAAUGCAUCUGACAACGUGUACUGCACUUUGCUGGCUCAAAGUACUGUGCAUGGAGCCAUGGCUGGAUUUACUGGCUUCACUUGUGGCCUCGUUAAUGGCCGCCACACUUACAUUCCCUUCAAUCGCAUUGUAGAGCGGCAAAACAAGGUUGUGAUCACCGACCGGAUGUGGGCCCGUCUUCUUUCUUCGACCAACCAGCCAAGUUUCUUGUGUCUCAAGGAUGGGGAAAACUCAAACUCGACGGGGGGAGAAGGAGAAGAAGAAGUGCAAAGGCUGCAGGGGUUGAUUGUGGAGGAUAACGGCAAGACGCCCGGCCUCUAAAGGUACAAAAAUACCCCUAUUAAACCAGAGGCAUAUACAGUAAGUAGUAAAGUAUAUAAUCACAAUAAUAGUGUGAAAUAAACCACUGUAAAUUGUAAAAUACGUAGCUCUUCAUAUGCUUCUGCUACUGCUAUGAAGAGGUUUCUGUGUAUAAUAGUGGAAAAUAAAUAAAUAAAUAAAUAAAUAAAUAAAUAUGUUUAUAUUAGAAUAAUUGACCUCCCUCUUGUAGGACCUGUUUGGUUGAGGCUUUUAUUCAUUUUUUUGGGUAUUUGUUAGUAAUUUAAUAUUUGUAACUGAAAUGCUCAAAUACUUGAGGGUGAUGCCAUACAGAUUU